GUGUCAGUUUUUGGAUAAAUUCUCAAGACAUCGAAACUUGUCGGAGAAGACUGAAGAAAAAAAGAAAAAAAAAAAGAAUCGUCAAAGAUUCAUCAAUGGUGAUUCCUCCGAGUUCUAGGUUAAACAAUCGCAAUGAUGUCGACAGCAAGGAGUUUCACGCUCACUGCUUCUCUCUCGCCAAUGGAAUCGAUGCGGCUAUUGGGAAGGAUGAAGUUCCUGUGGACGCUCAAGACCUGGCUGUAACCCUCAAUCACGUGUGUCAACAUAGAAGAUGUAAUGCUCAAACGAGGGCAGUGAUAAUGACGCUGAUGAUCUCAGUCAAGAGUGCUUGUACGCUUGGGUGGUUCCCGCAAAAAGAGUCUCAACACCUGUUGGAUCUCGUAGAUUCGAUGUUGAAGGGUUUCACCGGUUCUGAAAACGUUACCUCUAGUGUCAAUAGUCCCGUCAGUCUAAUUCCCCAGGUCAUGGAAAGGUUCUAUCCGUUUUUGAAGCUGGGGCAUAUUCUUGUUUCUUCCGAGGCCAAGGCAGAAACAAACAUAUUGGUGAAGGACUUCCACAUUUCAAGGAAGAUGCUGCAACAUUCUCCCCAAGCCAAAGUAGGAUUAUUUGUUUUCCGGACAGAGGACAUAAGCAAAUCUAGUUGUAUUAUACAUCCACAAGAAGUCAGCUUUUUAUUGAAUGGAAAGGGCGUUGAAAAGAGAUACAUUGCCUUAAUGGAGCCUGGGCCGCAGUGUCCAACAGAUGUUACUUCCCUGCUCAACCUUGGGGCAAAUCUUCUGCAAACCAUUGGCUGCUUUGGAGGUAGUUACUUCAUUGUCAUUGCCUUCUUCGAUGACAUCCCACUUCCCGUGAAUCCAUCGCUGAAAGAUUAUGUUCAUUCUCAAGUCAUUCAAUCAAAUUCAGAUUGUGACCUAAUCGAGGGACCAUCAAGGAUAUCUCUCAGUUGUCCUAUCAGUCGCACGCGUAUCAAGCUACCUGUGAAGGGUCAUGUCUGCAAACAUCUUCAGUGUUUUGAUUUUUGGAACUAUGUGGAAAUAAACACGAGGAUACCAUCAUGGCGCUGCCCUCAUUGCAAUCAGCCUGUCUGCUACACUGACAUCCGUUUAGAUCAAAGCAUGAUAAAGAUUCUAGAAGAGGUGGGAAGUAAUGCUACGGAUGUGGUCAUCUCCGCUGAUGGAUCAUGGAGGGUUGCAACGGAGAACGAUGGGAAUGUGGAAGCUGUGCCAGAAGCCACUCAGGGAGACCCGGAUAGCUUCCAGAACUUAAGGCCAACUGUUUUGGAUCUCACCAGUGAUGAGACUGAAAUGGAAACAUCCGGAUGCACUCACUUCAACGAACAGAAGCUUUGUCUAUCCGAGAUUCACAACACGCAUACCCCUGUGAUGUGUUAUCCUAUACUCAACCAGUCUUCUGCUUCAGUAGACUUGCUGCCACAGUUGCCACAAAGUUUGAAUGUUUUUGAUGGGUUCAUGAACUUUCCGCAAGUAGUAAACCAGCGAGAUUCAGCAGUGAGAGAAGCGUCAUCUCCGCAAGAUAGAUUUGCUACUAACACAUCCAGCUUUCACAUACCAAUACCUUCUUCUCAGUUUCAAGGUUCACAUGUUACUACUCCUCUUGGACAUUCUCUAGGAAGAGCCUCCGGAUAUAAUCACAUCUAUGAUAAUGGCGUAACUCAAACUCAAUUAGCACACAUGCCUCCUCCGUUGCAUCAUCAGUAUGCACUGCAGAACCAGAGGCUUCCUCCCACAAGGAGGUCCAGGAGCCUGUCCCCUGCGCAGGAAAGACAGAUCCCAUCCUGCAUUACACAUCCCCAAGCGUUAGCUGCCAACUAUGGAGGGACCUCUGACCAGAGACGCAUGAAAAUGCCAAUUCAAAGACCUGUUCAAAGACAGAAUCCUGUCGGCGCAGUGCAACAGUUCCGAUGGCGUGAACUCACGAAUAUGCCAUCUGCAAACACUCCAAGUCAGCGCCCACUGACCAGAAUGAGAGGCAGUCUAGCGCCCGGCUCCACGGGGUAUGAACACUUGAUCAUUCGACCUACCAGGCCGGUUCAUGCACCAACCCAAACACUUGUUCCGCCUCAGCCAACAGGUUACAAUUAUAUCCCGGUUCAGGCGCAAGUUCAAACACUACCUCCGCUGCAACCAACAGCUUACAAUUGUAUCCCGGCUCAGGCUCCAGUUCAAACACUUCCUUCCCUACAACCAUCAGCUAACUAUAAUAUGGCUGAUGAAAUUCAAGCAUUCUUGGCGCAUCCAAGCUAUCCAAAUGGUAACAGUGGAACGCAAGCUGGGACAGGUUCAUUGCCUGUGGAGGAAGGUGUUGGGCCACAGGGGUUGUUUUGGUCAAUGCCUCCUGAGGCAUGGUGAUAUCAUCGGAUGGCUUAGAAACACAGCACAUGGUGAGUAGCAAUAGUAUGAAAUCCCACUAACACAAAAAGUAGUAGCAUAUAAAUCCAUUUUUUGUACUAACCGGUUUAGAUUUUCCGGUUUGUAUAUGAGGAUCUAAUCUAAGGGUAUUCUUGAGAUGUACUCAAUGUGACUGAAAACAUUAGGGGUGUCUUUUGUUCCUUUUCGGUAUUAGAAGAAGAAAAUAUAAAUUUAAAAGAUUUUAUA